UGUAAACAAACACUUUGGUGGGUCCGGUGGUGCUGGUGAGUCUAGGACGCAAAGCAAAGCCGACCGCGGCAGCAACCAGGACUCGGACGCGGAAACCUUCGUGAGCCAAACAGCAGCAGCGGAACGCCUUCGAAGGAGGGUGGUGCAGGAGCGGGACGAGAUCGAGUGCUCAAAAAGGACAAGGCCAGCUUCCUGCAGGAACUGCAGCUGUUCCCGGACCGGAAUGGGAUGGGAGGUAGGAAUGUGGAUUCGCACCGGUUGUAUUGGGUGGUGGUGGCCCGGGAUUGGUGGUUGAAGGUCAAUUCGAGUGAGGACUGGGGCGAGAUCAUCGAGGAGAUGGCGCUGCCGAAGCGUUGCGUGAACAACGAGAUUGCGUUGAAGAAGAUUAACUUCCGGUUUUUGGACAAGUACGCGAAUGUUUAUUUUCACGAAGGGCCUCCGACGAAGAGGAGGAAGACGAAAAGCUACAUAAUCGGAGGUGCUCAGCGCAGAUGUUGCACUUGGUGCCGGCGGUUUACAGCACCGCAACUUCCCGCCCACAAACACUCACGUCGCGACGGCGCAGCUUCAGCCGAAUGAAUCUGGACAGUGACCCAAAAAAAUCUGUGUCAUUCUCGAAGUAGGAUUACGUGCUCAAAAUCGAACUCCGUUCCGAGGGCCUCAUCAACUCCAUGUUCCGCAUGCGCUUCCAGCAUCGGGAACUCCCCGUUCAGGCACUUUACUUUCCAGCCGGGAAACGUCGACCACCCUUCCCGAAUCAAUGGCCAACUCCUCCAAGACUGUCCUGAUUGAGGCCGG